AUGCUGGAAAUGGCGAGUGCUCUUGAUGUUGCCGGCUCGUAUGACAGGCUCCCAAGGCACCGAGACCAAACGGCCGAAGUCUCGAGUAUUGUGGUGGAGCAGAAAGGCACUGGCGACUCGACCGCGAAAAGCCGUUGGGAUAACUGGGCUGAUCGUCGUGCGCAGGCAGUGUUUGGCGAUCGCGAGGAGUACCCGGUCACAUGCAUGCGAGGAGUUGAGGUUGCGAUGACAAAAGGCGCAAAAGCAACGACGGUUACACGGUGCCCGCGAAACUCGGUUCCAUCCAAUGGCUUCGGUGUCACCCCAGCCACGGUGCGGGAUAGUGCGCAACGUGAGGAACAAAUGCGUGGGCCGGACGCUAGCUGA